AUGGAAGUUUUUAACAAGUUCUACACGUCAGUUACAAGUACAGUAUCGCAAUUAUCCGGUGUGCUGCCUGGAAAUCCCGUAUUAAGAGAGUUCGAGGCCACGCAGUUUGUAGCGACCGCAGGACCAGGUCUUCUAUGGAAAGUGUAUAAGGGCUACAAAAAAUCCACAAAACAGGAGGCUUCCAUAUUUGUUUUUGAGAAAAAAUGUUUAGAAAAGUGGCAAAAAGGCGACAGGGAUGCUAUGAUAGACAUAUUGAAACACGGCAUUGUACAACUCACCAAACUACGACAUCCCCAGAUUUUAACCGUACAGCAUGGUCUUGAAGAAAGCAGGGAAAGCCUAGCAUUUGCCACAGAACCUGUAUUCGCAAGCCUCGCAAACAUAAUCGAAUACCAAGAUACUCCGCCCAUACCACACCUAAAAGAUUACCAACUCUAUGAUCUCGAAAUUAAGUAUGGUUUGACGCAUAUUGCUGAGGGAUUAGCAUUUUUACAUAAUGAUGUCAAGCUUUUACACCGUAACGUGUGUCCAGAGUCAAUCUUGGUCAAUCAGCAAGGCGCUUGGAAGAUAUUUGGGUUUGAUUUUUGUAUUGCAAAUACAGCAGGGCCUGGGGCAGAAACUUUCUGGCCUUUCCAAGAGUACUGCCCGGCAAAUCAUCAUUUGACUCAGCCUAGUCUUGACUUUUUAGCCCCAGAAAUCGUAGCAGCGAAAACACAUUCCCAAGCUAGCGAUAUUUAUUCGCUCGGAAUGCUUAUUUACACGCUGUAUAGUCAAGGGCAUAAACCGCUUGGUAUGGUAGGAUCUGAUAUGAACAAAUAUAAACAGUUAAUAAAUUUACUGCGAACGAACAUCAAUGCGAAGCUGUCUUGCAUCCCAGAAAAUUUGAAGGAAUACGUUAAGUUGAUGCUGAAUAAUGUACCUCAGUUGAGACCCGAUCCACAUCAGUUUUUGAAGAUACCUUACUUCGAAGACGUCGGCGUGAAGGCAUUGAAUUAUCUGGACUCGCUAUUCCAAUGGGACAAUUUACAAAAAUCACAAUUCUACAAAGGCCUGCCGCAAAUAGUGCAGAAUAUGCCUCAUAGGAUUUGCGUGUAUCGCGUCGUACCUUGUCUUGCAAAAGAGUUUGUUAACCCACCUAUGGUUCCUUUUGUACUACCUAUUGUCUUGCUCAUUGCUGAAAAAGCCACGCAAGAAGAAUAUAUUCGACACAUACUACCGAUUCUGAAACCAGCUAUGACGAUACAAGAUCCUAUACAAAUUCUUCUUAUUUUCAUGCAAAAGAUGGAAGUUAUUCUCAAAUUGACACCCGCGGAAGAAGUUAAAAGUGACGUACUUCCAAUGCUUUGUAGAGCGUUGGACUCAGACGCCCAACAAAUCCAAGAACUUUGCUUAUCAGUUCUGCCCACAUUCGCCUCGUUGAUAGAUUAUCCUGCUAUGAAAAAUGCUCUUCUACCUCGUAUAAAGAAGCUAUGUUUGUCAACCAAUUAUGUUUCCGUGCGUGUUAACUGCCUGUUGUGCAUCGGGAAGUUGCUGGAGCAUUUGGAUAAGUGGCUGGUCUUGGAUGAGAUCAUUCCUUUCCUGCCACAGAUAACCUCAAGAGAGCCGGCAGUUGUGAUGGGCAUAUUAGGAGUCUGCAAGCUAGCCCUCAGUCACAAGAAGCUCGGCAUUACAAAGGAAAUAAUGGCAACCAAAGUGCUACCAUUCCUCAUACCUCUCUGCGUCGAGAACGGGUUAACCGUAAACCAAUUCAACGCAAUCAUAGCACUUGUCAAACAAAUGAUAUCUAUUGUGGAAACUGAGCAUAGAGCUAAGUUGGAGCAACUUAAUUCAAUACAUAACGAGUCUAAGGGCUUAGAAACGACACUCACUUCACCAGGAACGCUGGUCCCAUCAAUGCCUCCAAGCUCAGACGUUGACAAAAUGUUCUCCGGUUUGGGCAUAGAGCCAUUCUCAUUGGACGCAUCUACUACUAAGGAAUCCUUGAACAUCAAACCUUUGGCUAGCGGAACACAUACAUUGAGCAUUGAGGAGAAGAAGAGAAUAGCGAACCAGCAAGAAACAGCGCAACGUUAUGCAUUGCAUCAAAGGUUGCCUUCCCCUAAAAGUGUUGCUACGCCUGGCUUUGCCCCCAAGAAGCCUGUCGACCUCACACGUACGCUCUUAGAGUCGAACUUGAACCAAUUAACAACAACCAAAUCCUUAAACCCGAACAUUCGUCCAGGUGUUGCUUCUACUGUUCAAAAUUUGAAUGUUAACCCCACAGUGCCCAAUUCAACGAUGUCCUUUCAAACUACAAACUUUUAUCGACCAUUAGGAAUGGAAAACGCAAAUCCGCUUUUACAAAGCAACCAAUGGGAAAACAGUAAUAAUUCCCAUAUAAACAAUAAGUGGAUGAAACCACACAGCUCUGUACAGCCUCCAUCCAACAGCUUCCACCAAUCCAUUUCGUCCAAGGAAGUAUUAGAGGUCAAAAAGGUAAACAAAUAUGGCCGACUGACAAUAAAUAUGUACAAGAACAUCAGUUUUAUUUAAAUUUCAAAUCCAGUUUCAAAUCGCUAUUUUGUAUAAAUUUGCAUAGCAAUGAUAAAACGACUACUAUACCUGUAGGCCUAUAUUGAAUGUUCUAAUGCCUGGUGGAAGUCCUUUCUGGCCUUCUCUAAAAUUAGACUAGUCGCUAGUGGAAUUGAUCUCUUCUUCUUUAUAAUGUUAUAGCUUCAUCGAUACCAUCGAUGAUUCCGCCAAUGUCGAAAUAAGGAACACACGCGUUUUUUUAAUUUAAUAUUUGACUCGUGAAUUUCCACACAAAUCACUGAGAGUAGAAUCUACAACAACAGAGAACUUACGCAAACUAUUACAGAAACAAAUUGUUAUUUUUAAUAAAUUUACAUAGGACAUAUACAAAGGGAGAGUGGGCUGACUUUAGGAGAAAGUUGAUAUUAACAAGACGGGGGAUUUUAGGGGGCAGGAUAUCAUAAAGAGUAGUGAGGAUAUGGUUACAGUAAAAACAGGUGCACACGGAUCUUAGCCAAGAACACAGGAGGCGAAUAAUUGCGGAGGUAAUAUUUUUCGGAAUGGAAUUGGUCUAAAAUGUAAACAAACAUCUGUCAAACUGACAUAUCAUAGAUAAUAAACAUUUUUUUCUGGUUGGUUUUAAUAAAUCUGCUAAAGCAGGUUUUACUUUUGACAUUGAGAGUUUAUUUAACGAGUUUAAUAUUACCUACCCUUUCACAUUUGCAUAUAUUGCGAUACUUAAAAUAUAUUUUUGUAAUGGAAACCAGAGAAGCCCAAGCGCCCGGCUUUUACCCAGAGCUUUGUUAACGCUGGAUUUAAAUAAGGCUAAAUUACUAGGAAAACUAUUUACAACUAAAUAUUUCUUGUAAAUCGGGUUUUGUUCAAAUUUAAUGAUUUUGUUACAAAUCGAUAUAUUAUAAGUUAAUUCUUUCAUUAAAAUCCAUUAAAAAAAAAUACCAUUAACCAGCCGGUGAAACCAUGUGUCCGGACAAUUUUUUUUUACAUUACUUGCUAAUGUUUACCUGUGAUUAUCCUAUGCGCAGUAAGUGAGAAUCGUAUUUGUUGAUUGUUCCUUUUUAGUUUAAGAACAAUUUUUACACCGAAAUUUUAAAUAUUGUAACAUACCAAAUUAAAUAUUAUUAACAUAGUGGUUUCCGUUCACGGUUUUGGACGGAAAUAAGGUAUAAUUGGGUGCUUUGAGUAAAAACCCGGAUGGAUAGAAUUUUAAUACCAUGCCCAUCUUUAAUGGCAACACAUUUGUUUACAUUUUUGAUCUCGAAUUUUAUCACCGAGUAUAGGCGGAGACCGACGAUCGGAGCUGGCUUCUCAUUCCUUUUAAGUGGAAUUAUUGAAAAAUAGAUUAUCAUGCUGCGGUCUAUCUCUGAUUGGUCUACUAGAUAUGCACAAGGUAUAAUGUCUCAUGCAAUAUUAUUGCGAAUGAUAUCUAUUUUGUAACUUUAUAGCCACGAUCACGUGAUAAAAGUAAAUAUUUACGUCAAAUUAUUUAUUUGAAUGAGGGUAUAUGCAUUUGAAAUACAUUUUUGUAUACAACACUUAUUUAUUAGAACUAUACUAAAAUAAAAUAUAGAUAUAAAAUGACACAAUAUAAUGUAUCUUUAAAAUAAAAAAUGCUAGUUGAUAAUCUGCUGUAUUUUUUUCGCCAAUUGUGCAGCCGGUAGCUCGUAUAAACGUGUUUAUUAAAGUUUAUCUUAUCUUAAUUAGUCCAUUCCAAUAUAAUUGUAUCCAGAAUGAUUGAUAACCACGAUGUAUAGAUUGUGUAACAAAAAAUAUAGCAGAUUGGUUUAACGAAUCCUACGUUCUUACAAUUUAACUUUGUUCAAAAACUUAGAGAAAUAAUAUUUAUUUAACACUUUUUACAUUCCUUCGAUUUGGCAUACAAAAUUUAG